AUGGCGACGUUCGAUGAGAAGAUUCCCGUUGAGACGGGGGAGCAAGCUGUGCCGCAGACGCCUCAGAAAAGCAGCGAAUACUCUUCGGAUGCUCCAAUCGAUCCCAAGGCCGAGAGUAGGCUGGUUAGGAAACUCGACUUUAUCAUUUUCCCUACCUUCUUCGUGAUAUACAUGAUGUCCUUUUUGGAUCGUAUCAAUAUCAGCAAUGCUCGUAUUCAGGGAAUGGUCGCUGAACUUGAUCUCGUCGGGAAUCGAUUCAAUGUCGCGCUCUUUAUCUAUUACAUCUCCUACAUUCUCCUGGAAGUACCCUCCAACAUGCUUAUCAAAAGAUUUCGGCCUUCCCUGUACCUGUCUUCCUUGAUGUUUUGCUGGGGUAUCAUCAAUAUGUGCAUGGGAUUUGUCCAUUCCUAUGGCGCCCUCCUUGGUCUCCGAUUCCUCCUCGGUAUUUUCGAAGCUGGCCUCCUCCCUGGCAUCAUCUACGUUACAUCGCAAUAUUAUAAGCGACACGAGUACCAAAAGCGCAUGUCCUUUUUCUUCUGCAGCACUGUCGUCGCAGGUGCCUUUGGUGGACUGCUGGCCUAUGCCAUUGCCCAUCUCGGUGGCAAGCACGGCUUUGCAGCCUGGCGCUGGAUCUUCAUCAUUGAAGGCGCCACUACCUCAACGAUUGCCAUAAUUGCGGCGUUUCUCAUUAUCGACUGGCCGGAGCAGACCAAAUAUCUCAAUGCCGAAGAGAAAGAGCUGCUUCGCCGUCGUCUCGCGGCUGAUGUCGACGACUCGUGCCGCAUGGAUGUCCUCAACAAGGCUUCGCUUAAGCUGAUCCUCAAAGACUACAAGAUUUGGCUGGGAGCUUUCAUUUACCUGGGAAUCAGUGUUCCUGGUCUGUCUGGAACCUUCUUUCUCCCCACCAUUCUGUUGGAGUUCCACUGGGCGGCUGAAGAGGCACAAGUCCGCACUAUCCCCGUCUAUGUUUUUGCUGCCGGCAUGAUGAUCAUUGGUGCUUGGGCCUCUGAUAGGCUUAAGCACCGCUAUGGCUUCUUUGUUCUUGGAACUGCCAUGGUCACUAUUGGAUAUGGAAUGCUUCUUGGCCAAGUCGGAAAGUCUCGAGACUACAAGUUCGGUGCCGUCUUCCUUGUCUUUGGCGGCGCCUACAUGGUCACGCCCAUGGCCCUUGCAUGGCUGCAGAACAAUCUGUCAGGCCAGUGGAAGCGCGCAUUCGGUUCGUCAAUCCAAGUCACAAUUGGUAACAUUGCGGGCAUCAUUGGAAGCAACAUUUUCCUCAUCAACGAGUCUCCCACGUACAAGACUGGUUACGGUGUUGCGCUUGCCUUUAUGUGGUUUGGAUUGAUCGCGGCCACUCUCAUGUUCUUGCUCAUGUGGCGCGAGAAUAAGAAGCGUGAUGCCGGCGAGCGGGAUGAUAGACUGAACCUCCCCGACGAUGUGAAGAACAACCUGGGUGAUGCGUAUCCCACCUUUCGAUUUACUCUUUAG